CAAAACCUGUCGUAUACAGUCGUCCCUCAGUAAUUCGCGAAUUACUGAGGAACUGGUCUGUUUUUAUUCACUUCAAUUCAAUUUCAAUUAUAUUGGUGGGCUCCUUUAUUCUUUUUUUUUUCUUUUUUUUGAAAUUUCCCAAAAAAAUAAAAAAAUAAAAAAAAAAGACUUUUCUCACACUCACCUAUUAUCAUGGCGACCGCUAUUCCCAAUAUACCCAUAGCUCAACAUAUGGCCGCUUCUUCGUCCCCUAUUGGGCUUUCGAGUCAAUUGUCUCCUCUGCCUCUGCAGUCAAGCCAGCUAUCUCCUAUAGACUCAAGUCUAUCCAAUUUGCAAUCAAGUCAACCAAGGAGAAGAGGAAGACCUUCAAAGAAUGUAACAACUGCCUUCAGCCCAAGUGUUCUUCAUUCUAUGAGUUUGUCAGCUUCCUCCCCUCAGUCCCAGCAGAGUGUGGCACAAGUACCCAGUAGUCAAUGGGACUGGGUCCGUAUUGAGCGAUUAAGUCAAGCUACUCCAGUUCGACCAUCAAAGUCUGCGUGUGAAAAAGAAAAUUCAGCUCCAAAUUCAGCUGAGGCAGGAAAACUAAACCAGAAAUCUGCCAAGCCUAUAAGAAAUAAGCGUGGACAAGUCGCGAAAGGCAGCUCCAAAGGCAACACAUAUAACUCCAUCACACUUUAUGACAAAAUAAAAUUUAUCAAUGAAGUGAUAAAAGCCAAGGAUAUUGACCCCAAAACCCCAGUUCUUCUAUUGCUCGACGACUUGGCAUCAACAUUUUCACUGCCAGUGGGAUUUGGAAUAAAAGAGAUUCUUUAUUGAGUAUGAAAGAUGGAAAGUCUGAGGAAGCUGCUAAGGCUAUUACUCGAACUAGCUCAAGGACCAUGGAGGCCGUUGAAGAAGCGCUGCUAAAGUGGUUUGAAGAACAAAGGAGACUCAAGAUCAUUGUAACAGAGGCUCGACUAAGAGGAACAGGAGCUAUACUGUGGAGCAUCAUGAAGGACUAUUAUAAGGAGACUGAGAUACCCGAAUCGUUUGCCUUUUCGAAAGGAUGGCUUCAUAGAUUCAAGGCACGAUCA